CAACGUCGAUAUUAUCUUGCACAAGCCAAUAGAGAGCUGGCAUUGCUCGUUGCAAGAAUCAAAGGUAGUUAUAACGGCUUGUUCCAUGCUUUCACGAAGCUGAUCUCGAAGAACGAAAGACAUUCUAGUGGCGGUGAAGCCCAGCUUGACCCAAACAA